GACUAUUUCAGUUUUUGAUGUUUUUGGUCUUUAUAUUAAUUUUGUUUUAUUUUUUUUCUUUUCCCCCUCCAGGAAAUGUCUUGGUGAUUAUUGUUAUUUCAGCCACUAAAGGAUUUCAUUCUAUGACAUCUGCUUUUAUUAUUAACCUGGCUGUAAGUGACUGUCUUGUAGGGCUAGGUGUGAUGCCUUUUGUAGCGUUUUCGCUGCUUUAUGAAGACUGGCACAACAUUCAUGAACUUUGCUUGUUUGUGGGCUACAUGUCAUCUGUGUAUUGCACUGCUUCUGUUCUCAGUGUGGCAGCAGUUUCAUUGGAUCGUUACUGGGCUAUUGUGGACUGUCUAAGAUAUGACAGACCAUGGACCACUCGGAAGACCUUAUACACCAUUACAUGGAUCUGGAUUCAAGCUUUACUUACCUGCUGUCCUCCCUUAUUAGGAUGGAGUCAGAUUGUAUAUGUUCCUUCAAAGUAUACAUGUACAACAGACUGGACCACAAGCACUAGUUACACAAUUUUUUUUAUGGCAGUGUCUGUUUUAAUACCGGCAGCUGUGCUUAUAUACUGUCAUAUUAGGACAAUUAGUGUUGCCAGAAGGCAUGCCAAAAAGAUUCAGAUUUUGGAGAGCCAGCUUCAAAGAAAUUCACCAAGGAAAAAAGUUAGCGAAAUAGAUAAACCUACCUGUUCACAAUUAAUUUUUAUAGUUAAUUGUAAAUUUCUUACAGAUUCAAAUUCAUUUGACAGCCAAAGCAUCACCAGCUUUAGUCCAGAUUUACUGAAUCUGAAAAAUGUGAAAAGAGAUAUAUUUUCUGACAAUGACCUUUAUGGCAAGGAUCCCUGUGGUCGAUUUCGCCUUAUAUUUGUUCUAGUGGCUUUUCUAUGCUGUUGGGUGCCUUACAUGGUUGUAAAUCUGAUUCAAGCUAUAGAACAGGCAACUUUGCAGCACACCACAAUGAUUCCAUCACCUGUCAUUACAACAGCAUACUGGCUCACUCUACUUAACUCAGAUUUUAACCCUUUGUUCUAUGUUUUGCUUAGUAAAAGGUUUCAGAAAGCAUUGCAGGUUUUUUUAAGGAGAAUAUGUGGCAGAGAUCCUUUAACAGAUAUCCCUUCAUUUCAUCGAAGAAGAACAAGCUCAAAUGUUACAGGAAUCUCUCAGUUUCAUUGUCCUACUGAUCAACACAAUCAAGGAGAAAACACUGGCCCACAACCCAGUCCUGUUAUAAGUAGACAUAACAGUCAGAAGUUUAAUGAAUCUCUUCCAGGACACUUAUCGAAUUCUAGUGAACCAAGAAUCUCCUCUUAUGAAGCAGACAGUGAAAACAGAAGUGUCCUUUUAAAUCCCAGCAGUCUGCCAGAACAGUUUUUACGGGUGCCUAAUGCUUCACCAAGCCUAAUAAGACUUCCAUCUGUUUCGGGUGGAAAGAGAUCAAAGUUGGUUUGUGGAAAUAUUACUAUACAAGUCAGCUGUGAGGAGAACUAAAUAAGUAGCUGAACAAUAUCCAAUCCAUACCUUACUCCAUUGUAUUCCAUGGCCAUGUACUUAUUUGGCAAAAAGACCAAUACAUUUUAAAGUUCAUGUGGCCAAAUUAAGUUUUGUUGAAUUACUGAUGAAACAAAAUAAACAGCUAGGUCAGUAAACCGCUUAAUUGAUGGAACUGGACAGAUUUCUAAAAAGCAAACAAUUUUCAAGAACAUAUUGUCACCAUAUUGAAGAGUGACUAGCCAAUAUGCUUGUCAGUAUACCUUACAUACCAAAUCUGUGGAUUGAUAACCUUGUUAAUUACAUUUUGUAUAUUUUAGUUUGACCAUAAAAUACAAAUAAUUCACUUUGUAAACAUGUUUUUGUAACUUUGGCCUAACACUUUUUUGACAGCAAAACAAAAAUAUUUUUAUUUAUGUACCAUAUAGAUUUUGUCUUUGCAUAACUACUACUAACUAUUCAUAUGAUUUUGGUUUUUUUUAAGUCCUGAUCAGAACCAUCUACAUAUGUCUUAAAAAUAACUUUGUUGCCAAAUACAUAGUUUUCCGAAUUCCGGAAAGGCUGUCUCCCAUAGACUCCAUUUUAUCCAAAUAAUGCAAAUUUUAAAAAAAU